AUUGUAUUGUGUCAUUAGUUGUCAAAUAAUUGUUUAGCGAAAAAAAUAUUUUUGAAAUUUUGCAAAAAAAUAAAUCUGUAAAUAUUACGAUUAUAUUGAAAUAUUCGUGUGAAAUAAACAUUAAGUGUGAAGUGAAAUACUUUUAAGUAGAUAAUGCUUAUAAUAUUUUUAAAUUAGGUCACUCAAAACUUCCGUAUAUUGGUUACCGGUGGUUGAUGUGUUGUGUUUGGUGUGAAGAUUUGAAUAUUACUCUAUAACGGCGGGAGUGAGUUGAUAUGGCCGAUAAUGACGAUUAUUUAGACUCGAUUGACAACAAUCAUUCGGACGGAGCCAACGGUUCAGUAAAUAUGACCGACAACAGCCUGGGCGAUGAAGCGUCAGGCACAGAAGUUCCGGACCUAGCCGCCAUCAAGGCCAGAGUGAGGGAGAUGGAGGAGGAGGCAGAGAAACUAAAACAGAUGCACACAGAGGUUGACAAACAGAUGAGCAUGGGCAGUCCGCCCGGACUUACGAGUCCGCUGAACAUGUCAAUAGAGGAGAAAAUAGAGGCAGACAACAGAUCAGUGUACGUGGGCAACGUGGACUACGGAGCCACUGCUGAAGAGCUGGAGCAACACUUUCAUGGCUGUGGCUCCAUUAAUAGGGUUACAAUUUUAUGCAAUAAGUUUGAUGGACAUCCAAAAGGGUUUGCUUACAUAGAGUUUGGCGACAAAGAUAGUGUACAAACUGCAAUGGCUAUGGAUGAGUCAUUGUUUAGGGGGCGGCAAAUUAAGGUGAUGCCGAAGCGCACCAACAAACCAGGGCUGUCAUCGACGAAUCGCCCGCCGCGAGGCUCGCGGGGCCGCGGCCGCCCCAUGCGCUACUCGCCCUACUUCGCGGGCUACCGGCCCAUGCGCCGCGGCAGAGGGUACAGGCGCGGCAGUUAUUACUCUCCGUACUGAGUGCGGUAGAGGCGGGACCGCCCGCUCGCGACGCGCGAAUUGUUGAGUGCAAGUGUGCGGUGUAGUUAGUGCGAAUGAUCGACUCGGUUACCUCGACGCUCGCUCUGUGCGCUUCGGACUCGAACGUCUGGCCGACAUCAACGCGCGUCUAAAUACAAAAGUAUGGUGUAGUUAUAAUACAGCGGAUAAUUUAUUAUGUUCUGUUAGAGAACGCGUCGCGAAAGUUAAAAAUCGGCGGUUUCUGUGCAGUCAAAAUUAAUUGUUUGCUUAUUUCAAAUUCUGUAAGUUCGUGAUUAUCGAUCUGUAUAGAUUUAAUUUGAUCUUUGAUCAUACGAUUGCAGACCAUUGAUUUUUCUAGGGACGGGGUGCAUAUUGCUUUUUUGCACUUUUUUUGAUGACGAAUACACUCACAUAAAAAAAUGCCGUUUUAACUUUCUUGACGAAAAAUUGUACUGGUUGAAUUAUCGAGACAGAUUUUGCGUGCGUGUGUGUGUGUGUCUGUAAUCUGGGAAAAGGAGGAGAUUGCGACCCGAUAAGGUCCCAAAAGCUAUACUUUUAGCAUCCGCGAAUAUUACAUAUAUGAAGACUCACACGCGCUGAGGCCAUGCCUCGAUAAUUUCAACUCUAUUGCCGUGCAUCAAAGUCGCGUUUUACUGAUACGUAGAUUGCUAAGGUUUAGUUUAUAAGAAUAAAGUCCUCAUUUGUUAAUAGAACAUCAAAAGUUAACGCUAAAAAUACACUGACUGCAAAUUGUAGUUUUUAGCGAUAUAGAUACAAAGCUGAUAGUGUUAAGCAAUAAACCCAUAGUAUUUUUGUUUCGAGAGUAUUUGUAAAAAUGCGGUUUCGGAGACACAAUACUUUAAAAUAAAUGGAGAUGAGGCUUGCAUUUAUGUGUAUUCAUACCUAUUGAGUAGAAUGCACUAUUUCGUAGCACUAUGGCAAUCAGUCUUAGGCUGAAAUUAACAGAAAGGAAAAUUAGCUUUACUAGCUUAAUUAGCACUACACCACAAACGUAAGCGAAAAUUCCUCCACAGUUCAGCGACAUUGGUAAAGGUGCCUAAUGUUUUACAAGUUGCCGAAAUUCUCGUCAACCAGGUAAUACACGCGCGGACGGACGCCUUGUCCGUUCUGAUAUAGCGCUAUCGUGAAGGCUGUUACGCUGGAGCAACAAUAUGCAACAAUACGACGUACAAUUAAACGUAAAAAAAAAAUUGAAACAUUAAUUUUGUUGCUGCAGAAGUUUAUUUUAUGCCAAGACAACAUCGAUUACAGUACUGCAGGCUAAGACAAUUCUUGCUACCGGCAUGCCGCAAUGUCGCACUAUGUUGCUCUGGCAUAAAUGAGGCUUUACAUUUACACAGCUUUAUAUUUUAAAUUUAUUCUUGGAUUCUGUUACAUUUGUUUCGGGGCUUAACACUAAGGCUGCAUUUGGAUUGCACGUCGACUGCACUUUUCCAGAGUUCUCAGGUCUCAUCGGAACUAAACACCGAUCGCAAUUUUGCCAUCUUAAUUGAUUCUGACUUCUCGACUGUAAACUGGCAACCGUUACUAUCUCAAUGACAGCUUUACAAGAUGAAGAAAAAAACGUGUUUCUUUCAGCUAAAUAUUGGUUGCAUAGUGUUGGUGUAGUGUUUUUUCCAAAUUUUUGUUCCAAACUAGACCAAUUAGUAUAGCGCUCUCUGACGUAAUCCCCUUACAAACGAUCUAGCCAAAAAUCUCAGUGGACGCAAACCAUUUUGAGUCACCAGCCAAUCACAAACGAAACUAUGUUUUCUAAUUAAAUUUCGAAUGUUUUUGAAAACAUGAAUAGGACAUAUUGCCAGUUCACAGUUGUUACGCUGCACCGUUACAGUUUAAAACGCAGUACACACACUGGUGCGGUGUAUCAGUCUUAUAUUUUUGCAAGGUGUUUUAGUUUCACACUCAUCAUUUCAGAUUAAGUAAUAAUAAUUUUAUUUAUUAAUCAAAACAGGGAAGAUCAUUCAGGGAAGAUCAGGGAUAUUGUAUCACAAAAAUUUGUUAUUAUACCUAUUUAAAAGAAACCGGUAUUUUCGACGAAUGAAGAAAAUCCUGCUGUAAAAAGAUUGGUAAAUAAUUUCGGAACACUAUUCAUGCAAGAAUUGUGCUGAUGCACAAGUUUGCGCUAAAUUAAAAAUACUUCGUUUCGUACGUACGUUUGUAUUAUAUUGGUUUAAAAUUAAUUUAUUACUACGUGUUUUUCUCAUGAUUUUAUUACAAAUAAUCGUUUCAUUGCAUCAGUAUAUGAUGAAGCAAAGAUGUAGUAGCUAUUUUUAUUACCUUAUUAAUGUAAUUAAAAACAAUUGAAUAAGAUUAGUAUUAAGGUCGUCAUAUUUGUUGACAGUAAUUGUUGCUAAGAAUUAUUUUGUAUUACAAAGUAAUAAUUAAGUAUAAAUGUUUCAGGUGUUUAAAGCUAAGCGCACACUUAGCGGAUCGCACUGCUACGCACUAUCGUGAACAUUUUUGUGACUUUGACUUAAUAUUUUGUAAUUCAUACUAUUAAUUCAUGAUAACUUUGUUAAAUGCAUGGAUUGUGUAUAAUUUUACAUAGUGAAAUGAUUUUCCUUGUGAGGUCAGUUUUUAAAUACUGUCUUAUGAAUUACCUUGUUAGUUGUGACUUGUGACAUUAUUCAAAUAUGCGUAUUAUGUAUAAUAAACACGUUAAUGCACACCUUGUUGCUUGCCAAUACAAACUCUCCUGCUAAGGGCAUAAGCUGCAUAUAUGCUUUGAUUUUGCGUAGCAGUGCGGAAUCUACUAAUGUGUGUGAUCCUUAAGUCAUAAAACGCAUUUAGAUAGUCCUUAGAAUAAACGUUACAAAUUAGCACUACUUAUUGUAUAAAACUAAGUAAAAAUGGAGUACCUACCUAUACCUACAGUAGAAAAAAGAAUUAGGACAGCUAGCUUCUGAAUAUAUUUUAAAAGGAUCUGUAAUAUGAAGGAAUGUAAAUUAUUAAAGUAUUAAUUAAUUAUUAUUAAGUAAUAUCAAUGUCAAAUAAUUAUUAUAUUUUGCUCUUUAAAAAUUAAUUUUGCAAAAAAAGUUAAUUGAUAUCAAAACUUUGUUUUAAUUAUAGGUUUCCAAAACCAACAUUCAAUGCUUAUUUCCCUUCCUGCUUAGUAAGUUAACAAAAUAUAAACUGUGUCUAAGUUAUAUUGUAAAACAUAAGUUAUCUUUUAAAGUUUAAUUUUAUGAUUUUAGGAUUUUAUUGAACAGGUUGGUUAAAAAUCAGAUAUUUGGCGUCCUUUUUCGGUCAAAUAUAAUUUUAUAUAAUACUUGCAGCAACAGUAUAUCUCUUACCAUGUUCUUAUUUGCUAUUACUUCAUGUUUAAUUAUUUGGUGAAUAACAAAGAUUCGUAUUUUAAUAUUAUGUUCAAGUGUUAAAACCCAAUCUACUAGUACUACUUUUCUGUACUGAGGGUUGAUUGAUUGUGAAUUUAUUAAUAUUGUGUCUAAUUUUGCAAAUUAUACGAUUUCUUAUAUUGACGUAAUAGUGAUUUCAAUGAAACCUAAUUGAUUAUUUAUUUACAAUAUUGUUUAUUAAUAAAUAAUUGUUCUCGUAUAAUAGAAGCAAUUUGUUACUGUAUAAGAUAUUAAAUACACAGCAGUUAGCACAUCUGAAUAGCAGCAACUUGCUAGAAGUGCUGCUGUGCAGAAGGAGUGCAGCAUCAUGUAUAUGAAACGACCUUGUAAAUAAUCUUGAAAUCUGACUCCAUUGGGUUUGUAUUAUGAAUUGUGAUGUAUUGCGAAUCUUCUAUGUUACAAUGGAACUCUUAUAUUUUUAAGUACAACAUUAACUCUUAAAAAUUAAAAGAUGGUUAAAAUAUAAACUUUAAAGAAUGGAUAUAAAACAAAAAAGGACAGAAAAUUGUGCUGAAUGAAUAAUUUUAAGAAUCAA